GCGGAAGUGGCGUCACUCGUGAUGGGGUUCGCUGUUUGCUGCUGACCUCGAGCGUGUCAGGAGUGCUUUGUGUUGGUCCUGGUCCAGCACCGGCCGACUUCCGAGGAAAAUUAUUUACGCAGUUCCAGUCUGUUGACUCCGGCCCCGUGGCCUCGUGUCUUCACCGCCUGGCGAUUCUGGCCUAUUCCCGGUGAGCGGUCCUCUUUCUCAGGACCAGAAUCUCUUUGACCUCUUGAAGGAAAGAUAGAGAAAGAAAUUAUGGUGACUGAGUAUUCAACAAAUUUUUCUCAGGAUCCAGUGACCUUUGAUGAUGUGGCUGUGGACUUCACCCAGGAGGAGUGGACUUUACUGGACCUCACACAGAGAAACCUAUACAGAGAGGUGAUGCUGGAGAACUACAAGAACCUGACUGUGGCAGGGUUUCAGUUUAAACCCAAUCUGAUAUCUUGGUUGGAACAAGAAGAGUUGAAGACAAUGGAGACAGGUGGCCUCCAAGAAUGGGAAUUGCAACUUAAUACCAAAGAUUCAGAAAUUCAGGGUAUUUCAGGAGAAAAACCAUCCAGUGGCAUAGAACAGGCGAGAAGCCACCAUGGAUGGAAGCUCGACAAUGAUCAGUGUGGUAAAGACCUCGGUGAACGCUCAUGCCUUAAGACACACAGGAGAACUCAAAGUGGAAGGAACAGUUGUGAGGCUGGUCAGUGUGGAGAAAGCAUCCUUACUCUGCAGAAGAAAACUUCAGCUAGAGAGAAACGUUCUUGGUUUAAUCAGUGCAGAAAAAACAUCAGCCUAACUCGAAAUACUGUAUGCUGGAAAGUUAGCAGACAAGAAAAAGCCUUUGCAUGCAAUGACAAUAGGAAAGCCUUUGUUAAUCAGUCUUGCUUUCAGGCACAAAUGAGAACUCACAGUAGAAAAAUCUACAGAAGCAAGGAAUGUGAGAAAGGUGUUAACUCUACAAGCUUUGGUGUACAAGUACAAACUCACACUGCUAACCAGAGUUAUGAAUGUAAAGAAUGUGGGAGAACCUCCUCCACUGCAUCCUCAGGCUUCUCUGCACACAUGAAAACCCACAGUGGAGGGAAGCUUUUCAAAUGUGACAAAUGUGGCAAUUCCUUUGCUGCUUCAUCACAUCUUAUUAGUCAUUGUAGGACUCACAUUGGAGAGAAGCAUUUUGAGUGUAGCAUAUGUGGGAAAACCUUUCAAAGUUCUUCACAACGUGUCAUUCAUAUGCGAACUCACGCUGAAGAGAAACCCUGCAAAUGUAAGCAGUGCAGAAGAGCCUUUGCUGUUUCCUGUAACCUAACUAAACAUGUAGGAACUCAUGACAAGACACUGCAUGGAUGUAAGGAAUGUGGGAAAGCCUACACUAGUGCUGCUUCUCUUUGGAAACAUGAAAAAAGUCACAGUACAGAGAGGCCCUUUGAAUGUAAAGAAUGUGGAAGGUCCUUUAGAACUUACUCAUCUUUUAAAAAUCACAUUGGAAUACAUGCUAAAAUAAAACCCUACAAUUGUGAGGAAUGUGGGAAAGGCUUUGUAUAUCCUUUCUACUUUAAUAUUCACAUGCGCAAACACAUUGGAGAGAAACCCUAUAAAUGUAAGGAAUGUGGAAAAUCCUUUAGAAGUUCUUCAUGUCUUAAUAUUCACGUACAGAUUCACACUGGAAGAAAACCCUACAGGUGUAAGGAAUGUGACAGACCCUUCAUCCAGUACUCAUAUUUAGAAACACACAAAAAAAUUCAGGAGGGACUAAAACCCUACAAAUGUGAGGAGUGUGGGAUAGCCUUCACUGCAUCCUCAGGACUUACUGAACAUAUGGAAACUCAUAGUGAGGAGAAACCUUUCAAAUGUAACAAAUGUUGGAAAUCCUUUACUACUCAUUCAUUUCUUGUCAGUCAUUUUAGAACUCACACUGGAAAGAAAGCUUUUGAGUGUAACAUCUGUGGGAAAGCGUUUGCCACCUCUUCAUACCGCGUCGUUCACAUGCGUACUCACACUGGAGAGAAACCCUAUGAAUGUAAAGAAUGUGGGAAAGUUUUCACUUUUUCCUCAAGCUUCAGUAGACAUGCAAGGCUUCACGCUAGAAAAAAACCCUGUGAAUGUCAGGAAUGUGGGAAAGCCCUCCUUCAGGCCUCGGGCCUUUCGCAGCAUGUACAAAUUCACAGAGAGAAACCCAGAAUGUAAACAAUGUGAAAGUCCUUAGUUAUUCCAAUUAUUUUAGGUAAAUGAAAAACUUAUUCUGUAGAGAAUACAUGUGAAUGUUAAAGGUAUGGGAAAGCUUUAGUUCUCCCAGUUCAUUUCAGAGUAAUAAAAGAACAUAUGGAAACUCAUAGUGAAGAGAAACCUUUCAAGUUUAAGAACAUGGUAAAGGCCUCAAUGAUCCCAGUUCAGUUUGAUGACCUGACAGGACCUCACCAGAGAGAUGGUGGUCUACAGAUGUGAGGAAUGUGGGAAAUUCAUCAGUCUCACAACUCAACAUUUUAAGUCUCAAGUGAAGCCAUAGUGUAAGGAAAUGUGGAAAACCCUUUAAUUAGUGCUUAUGUGAAAUACGUUCUUUAAAUAUGGAGAAGAUACCUGCACUGCAGAGGAGCUCUUAAUACAGGGUAUGUGGGAAAACUAAAUAAUGCUCACUUGUGAUCUCCCUAUACAAACUUAUGAAUGUAAGAUACGUUGUAGAGUCACUAUUUUCCAUUAGAUUGUUCCUCAUCCUUAAUGAACACAGGGUGGUGAUUCACAAUGAAGAGAAAAUGUGACAAGUAUAGGAAAUUAACUCUCCUGUUGACACAGAGCAGACCUGCUUCCUACUUCAGAAACCCGGUUCUGCCACCUCAGCAUUCUUUGCUUGUACCACAACCCAGCAUAUAUGCAGAUAGCCAUACGGGUCCUUUGUGUAACCUGAGACUUGGACACAAAAGAAACCAAGACAAACAUGCUGAUGCUUAUGCUGCUGACUACUGCGAGGAAGCUACAUCCUCUCUCUGACUAAAGUGUCUCAGCUCCUCUGCCAACAUCUGUGGACCACUACAAGCUAAAUUAAAUUAAUACCUUGCAAGAAGAGAGUAAUCAAGUCAUAAGUCCAACAGUUUUGGUGACCGACACAGGUUAAUAGACACGUGGCUUUCUGGAAGAAGGAGGACAAUGGCCACCAGGUGAAGUGUGAAGACACAGUAUCUGGAAUUCAGUGACAAGGUCUCUUCCCCAACAGGUUUCCACACAACAUGGAAACAGAGGGGAAUAGGCUCCCUAUUGUACUGUGUCUUAAUAGGCAUAUCAGUAGCUAUAUCAAUAAUUACAUCAGCUUGAUUUUCUUUAA